CUCGCGCCUCAUCAUAGCGCCAGCGAACCGCAGAGAUGGGAGCCGCGCGCCCGAGCGUCCUGCUGCUGCUCUCGCUGUCGCUGCUCUGCGGCCCCGCGCGCGGACAGUGGUGGUGGUCCCUCUGGGGCCGGCCCAAGCCCACGCCGAACCCCGUCGCCACGGCGGCGACCCCGACGACGGAGACCUCCUCGACGACGGUGACCGCGACGACGACGGACGAGGAGACGGGGUGGAUCUGGUCCCUGGACGUGUCCACCGCCGCCGCCGGUCUGGCCCGCGGGACGCCCGGUCCCGCGCUGGACAUAGUCGACCGGAACGGAGUUCAGAAAAGACCGCUCAAACUGUGGAAGAACGAGCGGGGAUCCAAAGGCCACCUGGACCUGACGGAGCUGAUCGGCGUGCCCCUCCCUCCGUCCGUCUCCUUCGUCACGGGCUACGAGGGCUUCCCCGCCUACAGCUUCGGGCCGGACGCCAACAUCGGGCGGCUGACCAAGACCUUCGCGCCGGACCCCUUCUUCCGCGACUUCGCCAUCAUCGUCACGGCGCGGCCCACGGCCCGCGGCGGCGUGCUGUUCGCCGUGACCGACGCCUUCCAGCGGGCGGUGUACCUGGGCCUGGCGCUGUCCCCCGUGGAGGACGGGACGCAGAAGAUCUCGCUGCUGUACGCCGAGCCCGAGGGGGAGGGGGGCGGGGAGGGGGAGGGGGAGGGGGGGGCCGCCGCGGGGGGGGCGGCGGCGGCGUCCUUCAAGGUGGCCAGCCUGGCGGACCGCUGGAGCCGCUUCACGCUGGCGGUGCAGGACGGCGAGGCGCGCCUCUACAUGGACUGCGAGGAGUACCACAGCGUGCCCGUGCGCCGCAGCGCCCGCCGCCUCCGCUUCGAGCCCGGCUCCGGCAUCUUCGUGGGCAACGCCGGCGCCACCGGCCUGCGCAAGUUUGAGGGAUCCAUUCAGCAGUUGGUGAUCAAACCGGACCCCCGAGCAGCGGAGGAGCAGUGUGAGGAGGAUGACCCCUAUGCUUCUGGGGACGCGAGCGGGGACGACGUCCCUGACGACCGGGAGACGCUGGAUGAGGUGAAGAAGAGGGUGCUGGACUUAGUCUCAUCACGGCUGGAGGAUGCCCUGAGUGUGCCAGUGAAGGCCCCGCCCACAGAGGUGCCCUACACGGGGGAAUCCGACGAGUACUCGGGUCACAUGACCCCCACCAGAGAGCCACCUUCGGCCCCGCCCAUUCUGCUGACCGAGGAGACUCGGCCCAGGAAAGGGGAGGAGCUGGCCGAGGCGGGGCGAACAGGAAGUACAUUCUCUCAUUUUGCACAGAAAGGAGAGAGGGGUGAGCCUGGACCUCCGGGCCCCCCGGGCCCCUCAGGAGACGGAGGCUCACGCGCAGGCCAGCGGGGGGCCCCGGGCCCCAUGGGACCACCAGGGCUGAUCGGGGCCCCAGGGAUGCCAGGGAGAGACGGCCGACCUGGAGAAAAGGGAAGAGCUGGAGACGAUGGACAGAGGGGACUUCCGGGAUUCCCAGGACUGGCAGGAGAAUCCGGAGUCAAAGGAGAGAAGGGUGACCGUGGUAUGGGGGUCCCCGGACUCCCCGGUCCCCCCGGACCGCCAGGCCCCCCCAGCCCAGCCAGGCACCCGGGGGGCGCGGAUGCGUACGGCUCCGGGUUCGAGGACUUCGACAGCGAUGCAGAGCUUGCCCGAGGUCCCCCUGGUCCUCCGGGCCCCCCCGGACAGCCUGGUCCCCCUGGCCCCAGAGGAGCCACUGUGAACCCCCUCCCGGGACCCCCGGGCCCUCCUGGCCCCCCAGGGCGGGUCGGGGAGGAAGGCUUCAUCGGCAGACCCGGCAUACCGGGCUUUCACGGUCGGGACGGUGAUCCAGGACCGAAGGGAGAUAAAGGAGAUAAGGGUGAUUUAGGUGUAACUGGGCCUCCUGGACCAAAGGGCGAUUCGGGUCUCCCGGGUGGAGCAGGGCCCCCCGGCCCGAUGGGGCAUCCCGGACAGAGAGGAGGUCAGGGCCCCCAGGGGCCACCUGGGCCCCCCGGUCCCCCAGGAAAGGGCUUCCGUCUGGAUGCUGAGGACAUGGAAGGUUCCGGAAGGCGGGGCCCGCCAGGAGGACCAGGACCCAAGGGCUCCCCGGUAAGUACGGGCUUAAUGAGCGGGAAGGCCCUUCUGUGUGUGUCUGGCGGGAUGGCCCAGUGGUACGAGCCAUGGCUCCCCCCCAUGGAAUUGUGGGAUUUUGAGUCCAUUUGUUUUGUGUUUGUCUGUACUGAGAUCAGUGUUUCCCUGCAGGGAGAGGCGGGGGCUGACGGGGCUCCUGGUGUGUCUGUAAAGGGAGAGCGUGGUGACCAGGGACCUCCUGGGGAGGAUGGACUGCCAGGACUUCCUGGACUGAAGGGACUGAAGGGGGACAAAGGUAGUGCUGGACCAAAGGGGGAGCGGGGCCUGAACGGACUCAGCGUUACGGGCCCCCCCGGGCUCCCUGGCCCCCCAGGGCCCAGCAUCAACCUGCAGGACCUCUUCCUCAAUGACACGCAGGGGCUGUUCAACCUCACCGAGCUCAGAGGCCCGCCGGGACCGAUGGGACCAGAAGGCUUGCCUGGGAUGGCGGGAUUCCCUGGGCCAAGGGGACCCAAAGGGAGCGUAGGAGUGCGUGGGGCUGCGGGACCUCCUGGACAGAAGGGUGCGAAGGGCGAGUCGGGUGUCACCAUCGCUGCCGACGGCUCCUUGAUCACCGGCCUGAGAGGCCCCCAGGGGCCCCGGGGAUUCAAGGGUGACCGUGGUAUCCCCGGGCCAGCCGGACUCAUGGGGCCAAUUGGACCACCGGGACCCAAAGGAGAGUACGGGUUUCCUGGUCGCCCGGGUCGUCCAGGAAUGAUCGGCAAGAAAGGAGAGAAGGGCGAUUCCACUGGUGCUCCGGGCCCCCCAGGACCCCCCGGAGCUCCGGGACACCCAGGACCAGCUCUCGGCCUCAAUGGGAUAGUUUUCCCAGUCCCUCCCAGACCGUACAGCAAAACGCCAGUGUACGCUAACAUGGGAUCACCCGAAGGAAGCCAGAGACGGUCUUUGGGAGCCAAGGGACCCAAAGGAGAAAAGGGAGACGUGGGGUUGCCUGGGAAACCAGGUGCAUCAGCCUCUGAGGUCACUGACGGAUUUGUGGGGGAUAAAGGGAAUCUGGGCUACAAAGGAGAGAAGGGAGACAGGGGGGAGCCGGGCGUUCUGGGUCCCCCUGGCCCCCCCGGGAGAUCAGGCCUUGUGGGCCCCAAAGGGGAAUCCAUCGUCGGCCCCCAGGGCCCCCCUGGAACUCCCGGACUACCAGGGGCCCCCGGGUACGGACGGGCGGGACCGCAGGGCCCCCCCGGGCCUCCGGGCCCACCGGGGCCACCCCCUCUCUACGGUUCGGGCGUUUCCCUUCCGGGGCCACCCGGCCCUCCAGGACUUCCUGGGGCCCCUGGACACGGAAAUCCAGUGACCACCCUUCUGAGCGUGGACACCUUGCUGAGGGAGACGUACCGCGCGGUGGAGGGCACCAUGGCCUACGUCUCCGACACGGCCCAGCUCUACAUCCGCGUGCGGGACGGCUGGAGACAGGUGCAGCUCGGCGAGGUGAUCCCCAUCCCCGCGGACAGCCCCUCCUCCUCCUCCUCCGCCUCCGCCUCCGCCUCCUCCUCUUCCUCACAGGUGCUGAGUAGGGUUCCGGAGCGCGCCAGUCUCAGAACGCCUUCCCAGGCCCUGCAGACCUUCCUGCCUGGCCACACCAUUCUGCCACAGAGCGUUGGCACAGGCCCAGGGCUCCGCCUGGUGGCCCUGAACGCCCCGUUCUCCGGGGGCCUGCGGGGGAUCCGGGGGGCCGACUUCCUGUGCUACCAGCAGGCCCGCGCCGUCGGCAUGGCGACCACCUACAGGGCCUUCCUGUCCUCGCACCUGCAGGACCUGGCCAGCAUCGUGAAGAAGAGCGACCGCUUCAACAUGCCCGUGCUCAACCUGCGGGGCGAUGUGCUCUUCAGCAGCUGGAUGUCCAUCUUUUCGGGGAACGGGGGCGUCUUCGAUCCGGAGAUCCCGAUCUACUCCUUCGACGGGCGCAACGUGAUGACAGACCCCGCCUGGCCUCAGAAGAUGCUGUGGCAUGGCUCCAGCUCUGUGGGGAUCCGUAUGACCUCCAGCUACUGCGAGGCGUGGCGGGCGGGGGACAUGGCGGUGACGGGCCAGGCCACGCCCCUGCAGAGCGGCCUGCUCCUGGGCCAGAACCCCCGCAGCUGCUCCAACCGCUUCGUCGUGCUCUGCGUCGAGAACGGCUACGUGCCGGCGGGGCCCCGGGGGAGGAGCUAACCCACCCUGGCCCCGCCCCCCAAUCCUGGCCCCGCCUGGGCCAGCACCCCCCUCCCCUGGCCCCGCCCCCAUCUUGGCCACGCCCCCCUCUAACCUGAUCAUGCCCCCCACUCCUGACCUGGCCCUGCCUCCCCACCCUGGCCUCGCCUGGGCCACGCCCCCCACCCCCUCCACCCUGGCCACACCCCCUGCCCUGGCCACGCCCCACCCCCUGCCCCCCCCUCCCCCAACAAACACAUAGACAACCACCUCUGUGUGGAGUCCUCAUUCUUUUCUGAUUUAGUUUUAUUUUUAAAUAUUCGUUAUAUUUCUAACUUUGAAAAGGUGUAAAUAUGUGUACAUUGCUUUGUACCGCCAUCGUCCCACCCACACUGUCCGCUUGACUGACAGGAUGCCAAAGAACCCAUACCUCAGAGUGAACCGUUGUGGAAUCUCAGCCAAUGGGAGAGGCUGUUCUUCAAAUCAGGCUGGCUUCUGUCCAAUCAAACAUCAGCAUGUUUUGCUCAUUACCGAUCUGAGGUUAAAAUGUAGGGAGUUCUUUACCGGUUGUGCCGCCAAUGUUAUCAUUUCCCAGUGUUGCUCGGAGUCAACCCUUGAAAGUGAAAAGUUGGGGGAAAACAACUGUCACACCUGAGAGUUAACAGAA